GUCUGUACGGUAUGUCGAUCGGCUCGCUGGCGCGUCGUGCUUAUACAACAUCCACAAGCCCCGAAAUGAGAGGAGCUCUCUGGCCCUGGGCCUGGCCACACGACUUGCGGCGCACGACUGGGGACUCUCGAGAAGCGUCCACACAGACAAUCACACACGAUACCCGGUUUCUCUCCAUCCUCCAUCGGGGGAGGCUACAUCCGUUUGGGUGGGCAGCGCUACUUAUUGGAAUGGCUGGCAGGAAGUCCUCUGGCAGUCGCGCGUACAGAUGAACGGCUCGCCAUCCUUGCAGGUGCACCUCGAGGCGAUGCAUGCGCACUCCUCUCCCGCUUGGCAAACGCUUGAUGCGUUUGUCGAGCUGCAGAAGAGCGUGUCUUCGGGCGGCCAGCUCCACCCAUCGCACGCGCCACUGAGCUCGCGCCCCGGUGCGGCCAAGGUCGAGUGACAGAGGGCGACCACAGCGAGCAUUAG